AAGAAAUUUACUUCCUUUUCAUUAUGAGGCUGCUUUAGCAAUUUAUUCGUCCUACAGUAUAUCCAACCAUGUUUAAUUACGUAUAAGUAUCUGCUAGUACAUAAAUAAAGAUGUUAGAUUUUUCAGCCAAGGCAGAAAUUGGGUUUUGGAGCAGAGACUCUCUUCAUAUACGAGCAGUUUACUGUAGGCUCAUCGAGUGCACUAGUGUUUCUGUCUAUAAAUGAUCUCGGUCUGAUUUUUCCUCUACAUGAAGAUUCUUUAUCUGGGCUUCUGUAAAAAUGACAAGUUUACACAAGUCCCUUGAUAAUGUAGAUUUAGAGGCCGCUAGUUUUAAUCGCGGUGGAAACGAUGGCGGCGGCGGUGUAGGCGGCAGCUCAAACUCCUCUAAUGCAAAUGACCAUUCUACAUCAAGCCCUUGUGGAAGUGAGAUUGUGAGUAUUUCUGAAAAUACUAGUAUUGAUGAAAACAGUAAGAGAAGAGAAUCGAAUGUGUCAGAGUGUUCAGUGGAGGUGGAGGUGGUGGAUCUGAAAGAUGGUCCACCAGAAAGCAGGCUGCAUUUGUUCAAGAUUAUUAGGGAUUGUAGAAUUUGUCAUCUGAGCUUGGAUGCAGCCAAUCAAGACUCUGGUUUACCCAUUGAAUUGGGUUGUUCUUGUAAAGGUGAUUUGGCUGCUGCUCACAAUCAAUGUGCUGAGGCUUGGUUCAAGAUUAAAGGAAACAAAACUUGUGAGAUAUGCGGAUCAAUUGCACGAAAUGUUUCUGGUGUGAACGAGGUUGAGUUGAUGGAGCAGUGGAAUGAAGCGAAUGAUAAUGCUGCCACAGCUACGACAUCGGCUUCUCAAACAGCAUCUCGAAACUUUUGGCAGGGUCAUCGAUUUCUGAACUUCUUGUUAGCUUGUAUGGUAUUUGCAUUUGUCAUCUCCUGGCUUUUUCACUUCAAUGUACCCUCAUGAGAUCUUCUCAGGGGCUACAAAAUGGUCAUUCAAGAAAACAUCUAGGCUCCUUUCAAUACUUUAUAUUCGGUCACGGUGGCAUUCUGGCAUCUGUUUUUACACUUUGCUCUACGAACUCUUAUUAGCUGCCAGGUUGUGUAUAUUGAGGACUGGUAGUUCGUGUUGUAUUGUUGUUCUGUUAUCUAUUGUAAUUGUGAGAAUGUCCUUUAUUGUAAUUUAAUCCCACUGCUUCAUCCCAUUAUAUAUUUGCGAUCUCUUUUGUCGUUU